AGCGGGGCGGGCUCUCCUCACACAAAGGCGCAGCGCUGGGAAAAUGGCGGCCACAGCGGCGGUAGCGGCGGCGACGGAAAACGCCGGCGGCAAAAUGGAGGAGCCGGCGGCGGCCGCGGCGACGGCAGCGGCUCCGCCACCACCUAACGGGGCAGGCGGUGCUGGGGAUGCGCCCACCAAGAGUGAAGGUGAACGACCAAGCCAAAAUGAAAAAAGAAAAGAGAAAAGUGUCAAAAGAGGAGGAAAUCGCUUUGAGCCAUAUGCUAAUCCUGCUAAAAGAUACCGAGCUUUUAUUACAAAUAUUCCGUUUGAUGUGAAGUGGCAGUCUCUGAAAGACCUGGUCAAAGAGAAAGUUGGUGAGGUAACAUACGUGGAGCUCUUAAUGGACGCUGAAGGAAAGUCAAGGGUAAGUGUUUGA